CCCAACCGAUCAGUUAGCGGGAGAUACUUCCAACCACCAAAAAAGCGCGCCACCCCCCAGCGAUCCUACGCAUUUCCGCAGAGGCCCUCAUGCGGGCCGGACCAGGGACCUUUCCGCGAACAAACAGAUCUCCAAGGGGCAAUGCGGCGAGUGCUGCUCCUCUGAGCCCAGGCGAGGGAGGGGGCCGGGGUAUAAAUCGGUGCCGCUCCCGGAGCCCCUCUUCUCCGCCCUCGCUCCCCAAAUUUCCUUCCCCUUUCCGCUUUCCCUCCGCCGCGCCCGGGCUGCUUUCAGAGCGCGAGAGCGGGAGUGGAGCGCGCUGGCGGCCAAGGCAAUGGCGGACCAAGCGGCAGCCAGGAGGAGGCGGGCCGCGCUGGCGCUGGCGGGGGCGGUCUCCCUGCUCCUCCUCGUCGUCGUCGCCCUCUCCGGCGGCGCCGACCUUGCGGGCAUCUCCGGCGGCAAGCCCAGGUCUGGCGGCACGGCCGCGUCGACGGCCAAGGUGGUGGUGACCGCGGCGGCGAGCGGCGCGAGGCGGUGGCUCCGGGACUCCACGUCACGGCUCGCGGCGACGGCGACGGCGAGGAGCGAACGUACCGACGGUUCCGCGGCGGUGGCAGGAGCGGUGGAUGACCCGGAAACGGUGGUCUCGCAAGUGCACAUGUCGAUCAGGAACAGCACCGCCCGGAGGAACCUGGGGUACCUGUCGUGCGGCACGGGGAACCCCAUCGACGACUGCUGGCGCUGCGACUCGGACUGGCACAACAACCGGCAGCGCCUCGCCGACUGCGGCAUCGGCUUCGGCCGCAACGCCAUCGGCGGCCGCGACGGCAAGAUCUACGUGGUCACCGACGCGGGCGACGACGACCCCGUGAACCCCAAGAAGGGCACCCUGCGCUACGCCGUCAUCCAGGACGAGCCGCUGUGGAUCAUCUUCAAGCGCGACAUGGUCAUCACCCUCAGCCAGGAGCUCAUCAUGAACAGCUUCAAGACCAUCGACGGCCGCGGCGCCAACGUGCACAUCGCCAACGGCGCCUGCAUCACCAUCCAGUACGUCACCAACGUCAUCAUCCACGGCCUCCACAUCCACGACUGCCGCCCCACCGGCAACGCCAUGGUGCGCAGCUCCCCCAGCCACUACGGGUGGCGCACCAUCGCCGACGGCGACGCCGUCUCCAUCUUCGGCGCCAGCCACGUCUGGGUCGACCACUGCUCCCUCUCCAACUGCGCCGACGGCCUCAUCGACGCCAUCAUGGGUUCCACCGCCAUCACUGUGUCCAACAACUACUUCACCCACCACAAUGAGGUGAUGCUCCUGGGUCACAGUGACUCCUACCUCAAGGACAAGGCAAUGCAGGUCACCAUAGCUUUCAACCAUUUCGGGGAAGGGCUCAUCCAGAGGAUGCCAAGGUGCAGGCAUGGUUACUUCCAUGUGGUGAACAAUGACUACACUCACUGGGAGAUGUACGCCAUCGGAGGAAGCGCCGAGCCGACCAUCAACAGCCAGGGGAACCGCUACCUCGCGCCAACCAACCCUUUUGCCAAGGAGGUUACAAAGAGAGUCGAGACCGCCCAGACCACAUGGAAGGCCUGGAACUGGAGAUCAGAGGGCGACAUGCUGCUGAACGGCGCCUUCUUCACCCCGUCAGGGGCAGGCGCGUCGGCCAGCUACUCGCGCGCCUCCAGCCUCGGCGCCAAGUCCUCGUCCAUGGUGGCGACCAUCACAUCCGGCGCGGGCGCCCUGUCGUGCCACAAGGGCUCCUCCUGCUAGCACAGCGCCUCAACAACAGAAAAAGAUAUACUUACUAGAAGCUAAAGAAGCUACCGGAACAUGGAUCACGGUUACAGUUUUUCUUUUUCCCUUCCUUUUUUUGACGACGGCUACAUAUAUGGAAGCAAAAGCCGAAAGUUCACCAUUGGUCAACCUCCCCCUGCCGCCUCCCGCUGUCAAGAAACGCCCCCGGAGCAGCUAGCAGGCGAGAAGCGUUGCUGAUUCAUUCGUUGGUCGCUCGGUGUCCUAUUAGUCCCCUGAGUGUGCGUGUGUGUCUGUCUGUGUCUUAAGCUUUUUUUGUGCCAGAUGAUGAUGAUGAUGAUGCUGGCUCUUGUUGUUGUCAACUGAAAUACCGCUAGGAUUGUGUUACUGCAACAAGUGUGUGUGUGUGUGUGCGCCUGGAAGAUGGGCUGGCUGGUUAAAAUGGUACUACUGCUACUACUGUAAGAUACUACUAGUGCUCCUGAAUGAUGGCUUUUUAUCUGA